CCAGAGGAGGGCUAUCCUUCAUUAACCCCCCAGCGCCCAUCGCCCUGUGGUGCUAUCCCACUGCAUUGCAAGCACCGGAGCUUCAUUUCUCCUCUACUUUAAUGAAAUCAUCAGUUUUUGGAAGCACAAAUGCUCAUGUUUCUAUUUAUUUAUGUUUCCCCUAGGGGGAUAUGAAACCUUUAACUCGCAAUAUCCUGAGUGCUGCGUAGAUGGAAAACUCAUUUCCCCAGAGAGGACCGAGGCAGAGAGAAACCUCGCCAGCCACUGUGAGAAGCAGAGUGCCAACCACAAACCCGCUUACGACCAGGGCGGACCAGUUGAAAUCCUGCCUUUUCUCUACCUUGGUAGUGCCUAUCAUGCUUCCAAGUGUGAGUUUCUUGCCAACCUGCACAUCACAGCCCUGCUCAACGUCUCCAGGAAAAGCUCAGAGCCCUUCAAAGACCAGUAUUGCUAUAAGUGGAUCCCAGUGGAGGACAGUCACACAGCAGACAUCAGCUCACACUUCCAGGAAGCCAUUGACUUCAUCGAUUAUGUCAGAAGAACCGGGGGCAAGAUCCUGGUGCACUGUGAAGCAGGGAUUUCACGCUCUCCCACCAUCUGCAUGGCAUAUCUCAUGAAGACAAAGAAGCUCCGCUUGGAGGAAGCCUUUGACUACAUCAAGCAGCGCCGCAGCCUGAUCUCACCAAACUUUGGUUUCAUGGGCCAGUUGCUGCAAUACGAGUCAGAGAUCUUGUCUUCCACUCCCAGCCCCCCUGUCGCCUCGUGCAAAAGAGAAGCUGCAUCUUUCUUUGCAGAAGAACUGACGUUAGGCAAAAACUUUGAAGGCUCAUGUUUUGCUUUUCCUACCUCAGUGUUGAGUUCUGUGCCCAUCCACUCUCCUGUCCACCAGCUCAAACUCAGCCCAAUGACAGCAUCUUCGUCCUGCUGAACACCCUGGGGA